ACAAGCACAUAAAGGCUGGGAUGCCGCGCUGCCCUGUGGAGCUGGAGCCCCUGUUCCUUGAAGCCCCCACUCCGAGGCACUGAGGACUGAAUCAGGGUAGACAGCCACCCCCUCCCCUCCAGGGAGUCUGAAUGUCACCUUCUGUCUCUGGCCACCGCUGGGACUUUCCACAAGCACCCAAUCCAGCCAUCCUGCCUUCUCUCUCUCCUUUUUUUCUUCUUGUUCCUUUUUCUUCUUCCUUUUACGAGGGAAGUUGGAGAUCGGGGGCAAGGCGCCGUGUCCGUCCGCCGCUGGCGUCUUGUCACCCUGGGCAGUUACUCCUUUAAGCGGCAGUGGGGUUUGGAGAUGAAAAGAGGGACCUGCUUCAUCUGAGGAGCUGCAUCCUGGGCCGUUUCUCCAGCAUCGGACCAAACUUGUUGGAGUAGCGACGUACCUGGGGAGCAGCGGGGGAGCAGCGGGGGCCCACAUGCCUCGCUCCUCUUUCUCUCCUCACUUUUCUCUGACUAUGUAACCUGUUGGCUUUGGAGCUUUUGCUCAGUUUCCCUCGCAAACUUCUCCGGACCCCCGGCGCUGCCCGUCUCACGGAGGGGCGGCUCUCCUCUCGGCUCUCCCUCUCCGCUCCUCUGGGGGGCCGGGCCAAGGAGGGUAGCCGAGUCUCCGGGGGGAGGCCCCCGCCGGUAAGGGGAAGAUGGCGGCGCUCGCUAGCUCCCUGAUCCGACAGAAGCGCGCGGUGAAGGAUGAGCAAGCGAACCGGCCCGUCAGCAGCAAACGCCGGCCCUGCCCCAAGAGCAACAAGUCGCUGUGCCAGAAGCAGAUCCUGGUGCUCAUCUCCAAGGUGCGGCUGUGCAGCGGCCACAGGGGGCGCACCCAGAAACGGCCCGAACCCCAGCUCAAAGGCAUCGUGACUCGUCUCUACUGCCAGUAUGGCUUUUACCUCCAGAUGCUACCUGAUGGCACGAUGGAUGGCACACGGGACGAGAGUAGCUGCUUCUCACAGUUCAACGUGAUUCCUGUGGGCCUGAGGAUUGUGGCCAUCCAGGGUACCAAGACAGGACUGUACCUGGCUAUGAAUGGUGAAGGCUACCUCUACACCUCAGAACACUUCACAUCUGAGUGCAAGUUCAAGGAGAGUGUGUUUGAGAACUACUACAUCACCUACUCAUCAAUGCUGUAUCGUCAGACCCAGUCUGGCCGGGCCUGGUAUAUCGGCAUCAACAAGGACGGCCAGGUCAUGAAAGGAAAUCGGGUCAAAAAGUCCAAGCGUGCCGGCCAUUUUGUCCCCAAAGUCAUUGAUGUGGCAAUGUACAAUGAACCCUCACUACAUGAACUGCCUGAGCAGUGCCCCCCCGGUAAGACAGCCAAGACCCUGGACUCCUCUGCCCCGAACGGCAGGAGAGAGCCCCCCAUCGCUGAUGCCUCUUAGCCCCAGAAGCUCUAGGUUGGAGGCCCUAACCAGGAACACCUCACGGUCACAGUAACUCUGGGAGCUGUCAGUGUCCCAGCAUGCUCUGAAGGGUCCUAGUCCAGUGACCACGCAGAGGAGCAGAAGGAGGAACUGGGACAGAAUCCACAAGCCUGCAAAAAAUACAAGAGGCUGUCAUGAUCCAGCCAGCUGGCCAGGUGACCAUAGAUUCAGCAGUUGAUUUCUUUUUUUUUUAUCAUCAUACUACCCUAUAGCACCUUCAAAUCUAACCAACACACUCUGAAUUUGUUCAUUACUCUUCGCAACAUAAAAACCAGUCAAAGAGAUUCCCCCUCUCUAGUCCUUGGUGCUAACUGGGUAUUUUACCAACCUUUUUGUAUUAAGAGGUUGUAUUUAUCUCAGCUGAUACUACCUUUCAUUCGUGUUUUAUUUAAUCUUUUCUCUUGCCAGCAAACAAUAUGUCAAGUCAUUGAGGUGGCAUAGCUGGCAUCACUCUGGUUUCAUGCCCCGAAGAGGGGUCUAAGCCUCUAGGAAUUGCAUCAUCUGGGUCAUUACAUUCGCCUGGACUAGCUGAAUGGGGCCCAGGUUCAGCAUGCAGGUGAGACCUGCAACAGGCCAGUUUAAGGUCGGAGAUUCACUCGCAAGUGCGAAAAGCCCAAUACGCCGGGUAAAAGGAGCAGGCAUGUACCCAGUGCCCACUGAAGCCUGGGGAGGUCUUCGAAAACCAAAGUGAUAAUUGGGGUUAGCAAUUAUCGCAUGAGGCAGCUGUGCUCUCGCCUCACAGCUUUUCUUUUUCAAUGGAAGUAAUGCAAUAAUUCAGCUUUCUUACAGAAAUGGGCUAGUAUUCUGAGCCGGUGACUUUUCUAAAACAUAGAACACCCCCCCACCCCUCCCCGGAGUCUGAUCUGGGGAUUGGCUCAACCUGCCUGAGGGUUAGCCACUGAUGGACCUAGAUAUGCAGAGCCGUCUGUCUUCCAGCGUGAAUGGGCAGGCUGAUCUGAAGGCUGCUCUGAGGGAGCCAGAUACACGGGACCCCUCUGUCCUCCAUGGCAACUGGUCGCUCAGAUCUGAAGAAAUCCUGCAUGGGAAUGGGUUUGCUGGUGCAAUUCUGUAUAAGGACAGCUCUUCCUUUUUAUAGGUACAUUGUCUGACCCUGGAUCAGUAGAUCAUGGUGAUUAAGUUUGGAUUGAGUCAAUAUAAUCUGAUGCUUAAAUGAGGUACUAAAGCAAGAUUAUAGCUAUGACAUUGUAAGGAUUCACAGGCCUCUUUCCUUCUUAUUGUCUUAUGGUUUGUUUUUUUUAUAAUUCUGUCCUUCUCUUUUGCACUCUAAAUAUUCUUUUUACUUCCCGGUGUCCCCAUUUGUAGUGUUUUGUCAGUUGACUUAAACCAUAACGUCCCAUUUAUCAACAUGACAGGAAAUAUCAGGUCUUGCCAAAACAUAUUCAUUUAUUAAAAACCCAUAUAUUCCUUUUAUAUUUUAUUAAUCACAUUAUACUACAUUACAUAUU